AUGUGCUGCUUCGUGCUUCACUUCACUCAGGUCCCGGGCCAGCCACUUGAAGUGACUGCCCGUCCUUCUUGCGGUCGCUGGCACCGUAGAGGGAACAUCAGUUCUCUCUAUGGUGCCGGCGAACGUCGAUUGCGGCGGGCCCCGUCUUGGGUCAAGCUGCUCUGGGGGAGGACUGCCUUGUGCAGAAAUUUCGGAACUCCUCUGUCAUGCUCGAGGCAGAGCAUUAGCGCCCUAAGCGAGGACCCUAACCUCGUGGGUCAAGAGGAGCCUUUCCCCGGCCCGGACAACCAGUCCAAAAUGAAGCGCUCGGUGGAGAACGCUGAGCAGGUUGGUAUGCAGCUCCCCAAGAUCAAUCACAAUGACAAGACACUGACACUCCUUGAUUCAGGGCUGUUCACCCCCACUGCUGGCCAGUACUUCAGGGACGAGCAACGCCGUCGCCACUCUCAGUACGACCGCGGAUGGCGGCGGCCUGUCUUGCUCGGGAAAGCAGUUCGAUACCAAGCAUCCUCCUUCCAGCCAAGUGUUCAGCUGUACAAGGGGAAGAAUGCACUAGUCUUCUACCCGGAGGGCAGCCCUACUGUAGCUGGCGCUCUGAGCCAGGACAUGGACAUUUCCCAAGAGCGGCAAAAUCUCAGAACUUCCACAACCUAG